GGCUCCCAGGUGAUCACUGUGUCUCCGCCGCACUCCAGGGGCUCUUGGAUAGGAUCUGGCCUUGAAGGAACCAUGUGCCUUUGGCUCUGGUUACUUUACUUCCUGCCAGUGUCUAGGACCCUGAAGGUCCUCCCAGAAGUAAAGCUGGAUGUAGAGUGGGGUGGAUCCAUUACUAUCACGUGCCCACUCCCUCAAACACCUGUGAGGAUGUAUCUCUGCCGGGAGAUGGCUGACCAUGGCAUAUGUGCCACUGUGGUAUCCAGCAGCUUUGUCAAGAAGGAGUAUGAAAGACGCGUCACCCUAACGCCAUGCUUGGAUGAGAAGCUCUUCCUAGUGGAGAUGACACACCUGACCGAAAGUGACAGUGGAGUCUAUGCCUGUGGUGUGGGUCAUUACACGGACCGGGGCAAGACCCAGAAAAUCACCCUGAACGUCCACAGUGAGUAUGAGCCAUUCUGGGAAGACGAACCGACUCCUGAGCCUCCACCAUGGUUUCAUAGGUUUCCGUGGGAGCAGAUUCCCAGCUGGCUCAUUGAGGAUGAACAUGCCAGUCCUGAAUUCAUAGUCGAAGUUACCACACCAGCCCCAAAGACUGAGGCCUCUCCAGCUGACCAGCCCUCCAGCACCAAUCCAGUCACCCACCAUCCCAGAGUUUCCAGAACAUCUUCAGUGACAGCUGCCAAGUCCCCAGCCCUCCUGCCAGCUACCACACCCCCAAAGACCUCAGCUCAGCAAGCACUCGGGUCCCUAGGGGCCAGCUACAGCCACCACACCAGAUUUCACCGGCAAAGAACACUCCACCACAGCCCACAGCAUGGGAGAGAAGACCGGGCGCUUCACAUCCCCAUUCUGGAAUUUCACAUCCUGAUCCCGACCUUCCUGGCCUUUCUCUUGCUGGUUCUUUUGGGGCUGAUGGUAAAAAGAGCCAUUCAACGGAGGAAAGCCUUCUCCAGGCGCAUGGGCCGGGUGGCGAUGAGGAUUCGAGGCCAGGGGGCGUCCCGCCCGUUCCCGGCACAGCGCCGGGGUGCCCCGCAGAGGCCGCGCUCGCAGAACAACGUCUACAGCGCCUGCCCGCGGCGUGCACCGAUCCCCGACCGAGUGGGUCCAGCAGAGGCUCCGCUCCUCAGUGCCCCAGGCUCAGCAUCUCCCGCCCCGCCGCAGGUACAGGUACUUGAGGCCCCCUGGCCUCACACCCCGCCUCUGAAGACAAGCUGUGAAUACGUGACCUUGUGCCACCAGCCUGCUGUCAACGUGGGAGACACUGAUUCAGAUGAUUACAUCAAUAUUCCUGGCCCACAUCAUCUCCCCAGCUGUCUCCCAGGGCCCAGACCUUCGUGCCAAUGAGUCCUGCCUGUCGGCUGAUUUCCAGCACCUUUUCCAUUUGUUAUAGGAUCCCUGUCACCUCCCAUGUCCCCUACCCCAACCUGAGUCUCACCCGACUGUCUGAGUGCCUUGAGAAUGGUCCUGUUACAAGCUAAUUUCACCACCACCACCCCAUUGAAGCCCCCUGCAUUCAUUGAGAGAGCUCUGGACACGCAGAGCAUUCGUUAGUCAUGAUGGCACCUGCCCUGUCUGUACCAGCUGACAGCUGUGGGGCCUAUGAGGUGUUUCAUCACUACCUUUGGGCACAUGGUCUUCGCUGCCCCACCCCUAGCUCAUGUGGCAUCAGGCUGGAACAUAAGCCUGGCUGACAUCUCCAGGCCCAGAUCCAAAGUGCAUAAUGAGCUACUUUUCUUGAGUCCCAUGGCAAGGGCAACUUAUUUGAUAUGAUGACUUAUAUCUAAAUUUUUAGAACUAACCUUUUGUUUGUGUUAGGGAUAUACACCCACAUGAAUCCUCUUUAACUCACCAUCCCUUGGUACAGAUAACCAGACUCCAGCAUCUCUCUCCUUUUAGAAAGUCUUGGUUAUCUCCCUACCUUCUUCUACAUUUUAAUACUUUCACUUUGAUUUUAGCUGAACCAUCACCUCCCUUGUCAAUUCCAGACAACUCAUGGCAAGACAUGGGAGAAACGCACCCUGGGGGAUCCCACAAGGUCAGGGGAUUUGCACUAGCCCUUCUGGUGUGGAAGAAGAGACAUCCCACUUCUGCGCACACUUUUUAGAUCAAGGUUAGAGUCAGACACUUCUUGAACUGACAUCAGCUGCAGAGUGCAGCCACAGCAUAAGGCAAGAGAAUGCCAGAUCUUGCCUUUGAGAAGAAGGUCUUUCCCAGAUACCCAACAUAAGCUCCCUGGACACUUUUCUUGAAAUAGAAUGGAGUGGCUACCUGA